AUGAAAGGGUGGUAUAAUUAGUAUAUUAUUUCAUAAAGAGUACAAGGAAAUGAUGAUAAGGUUAGAAAAAUAAGAUUAUUUGAAAAUAAUGAAUAUUUAAAAACUUAGGAAAUAAAAGAUCAUCUUGAAUAUGUAUUUCCUUAAUCUGAAUGUUUCAGCUUGGCUUAAUUAAUAGAAUCAAUGGUAAAUUGUAUUAUUAUAUUAAGCAAUGCAAUUUCAUAAAAAUUUAUAAAGGAUAGGUUUUAAUAAUUAUUUUAGAAAUAUUAAAACAUCUUUAAUAAUUACAUUAAUAGAAAAUGUCACAUGGAAGAUUAAAUCCUUAAAAUAUUGUUAUUAAAUUAAAAAAUGAUAAAGAUAAUAAAUUAACAAUCUAAUAAAAAAAAUUUACAAUAUAAAGAGUGCAGUUCAUUAAUUAUAGAAUUAUUGAUGAUGUUAAAUAUGAAAUUAAUUAAAUUUAAGAUAAUUAUGAUAUUAUUAAUUGCUGUAUUUCAUUGAUAUCAACAUAUUAAAAAUAAAUGUGUGAAUUAUUCAACUUUAUUAUUACUAAUUUAAAAUUGUAUUAAAACAGAGUGAUUGAAAUAUCUUAAUUAGUUGACUUUUUUAAUUUAUAUAUUCAAGAGUAUUUAAUAUAAUUAUUUUAGAUGUGUAGAUUAAUAAACUUAAAAAAUCCAAAAAAAUCAAAUUUAUCCUUCUACAAUAUUUUAAUAAAAUGUUUAAACUGUUCAAUGUAAGGAAGGAGAAGAAUAUGGUAUGUUAUCAAAAAGAUAGAGAUGUUCAACUAUUCUUUCAAAAUUUUUGGAAACAUUUAGUGGUCAAUUAGUUAAUAAUAAAUUAAAAUAUCAGAAUAAUUCUAAUGAAUAUGAUAUUGAUGAAUAAUAGGUUGAAAUUAUUGACAUUGGAAAUUAUAAUUAAGAAGAAUUAUAGAUAUUUUAUGUUUUUGAAUAUAUUUUAAAAUAAUAAAUGAUGAAAAUAAUUUGGAAACAUUUCGGAAACUUUUUUGAAUCUACCAAAUAAAAUAUUGAACAAAUUUAUAUUGAAGUUAUUAAAAUCAUAAAUUAAAAUAAUCAAAGAAUUUUAAAUGAUCACUUCAAACCUAUUUUAGAAGAAUAUUAAAAUAGUAAAAAAAUAAAUGAUGAAAUCAAUAAAGAAAUUGAUUAGAAUUACAAAUUUAAUAUUUAAUAUGAUGAACAAAAAGCAAAAGAUCAUUUUUUUUUACAAUUGAAGAUUUAAGCAUAAAAUUAUGAUAUUAAUAAUAUUUAAUCUUUCAUUGACAACAUCNAAUAUUAUUUAAUAAAAAAUGAAAGGGUGGUAUAAUUAGUAUAUUAUUUCAUAAAGAGUACAAGGAAAUGAUGAUAAGGUUAGAAAAAUAAGAUUAUUUGAAAAUAAUGAAUAUUUAAAAACUUAGGAAAUAAAAGAUCAUCUUGAAUAUGUAUUUCCUUAAUCUGAAUGUUUCAGCUUGGCUUAAUUAAUAGAAUCAAUGGUAAAUUGUAUUAUUAUAUUAAGCAAUGCAAUUUCAUAAAAAUUUAUAAAGGAUAGGUUUUAAUAAUUAUUUUAGAAAUAUUAAAACAUCUUUAAUAAUUACAUUAAUAGAAAAUGUCACAUGGAAGAUUAAAUCCUUAAAAUAUUGUUAUUAAAUUAAAAAAUGAUAAAGAUAAUAAAUUAACAAUCUAAUAAAAAAAAUUUACAAUAUAAAGAGUGCAGUUCAUUAAUUAUAGAAUUAUUGAUGAUGUUAAAUAUGAAAUUAAUUAAAUUUAAGAUAAUUAUGAUAUUAUUAAUUGCUGUAUUUCAUUGAUAUCAACAUAUUAAAAAUAAAUGUGUGAAUUAUUCAACUUUAUUAUUACUAAUUUAAAAUUGUAUUAAAACAGAGUGAUUGAAAUAUCUUAAUUAGUUGACUUUUUUAAUUUAUAUAUUCAAGAGUAUUUAAUAUAAUUAUUUUAGAUGUGUAGAUUAAUAAACUUAAAAAAUCCAAAAAAAUCAAAUUUAUCCUUCUACAAUAUUUUAAUAAAAUGUUUAAACUGUUCAAUGUAAGGAAGGAGAAGAAUAUGGUAUGUUAUCAAAAAGAUAGAGAUGUUCAACUAUUCUUUCAAAAUUUUUGGAAACAUUUAGUGGUCAAUUAGUUAAUAAUAAAUUAAAAUAUCAGAAUAAUUCUAAUGAAUAUGAUAUUGAUGAAUAAUAGGUUGAAAUUAUUGACAUUGGAAAUUAUAAUUAAGAAGAAUUAUAGAUAUUUUAUGUUUUUGAAUAUAUUUUAAAAUAAUAAAUGAUGAAAAUAAUUUGGAAACAUUUCGGAAACUUUUUUGAAUCUACCAAAUAAAAUAUUGAACAAAUUUAUAUUGAAGUUAUUAAAAUCAUAAAUUAAAAUAAUCAAAAAAUUUUAAAUGAUCACUUCAAACCUAUUUUAGAAGAAUAUUAAAAUAGUAAAAAAAUAAAUGAUGAAAUCAAUAAAGAAAUUGAUUAGAAUUACAAAUUUAAUAUUUAAUAUGAUGAACAAAAAGCAAAAGAUCAUUUUUUUUUACAAUUGAAGAUUUAAGCAUAAAAUUAUGAUAUUAAUAAUAUUUAAUCUUUCAUUGACAACAUCAAAUCUUAAGUUAAAUAAUCAUUAUAAGAAUACUAUGAUGAAAUAUUAGAAUAUGAAAUAAUAAUGUUAAUAAAUGAUUUAAUUUGA